AUGGAAGAGGAGCUGAAGUGCCCGGUGUGCGGUUCGCUUUACCGGGAGCCCAUCAUCCUGCCCUGCUCGCACAAUGUCUGCCUGCCCUGCGCCCGCACCAUCGCCGUGCAGACCCCGGAGAGCGAGCAGCACCUGCCGCCCAUGCUCCAUCCCCGGGGCACCGCACCGCACGGAGCCGCCACCGCCACGCCGGGACCUGGACCUGGACCUGGACCUGGACCGGGACCGAUACCGGGAGCUACCGCCGGUUCCGCCUCUUGCUUGGACUCGGAGUGCGCGGCGGGCGGCGGCGGGGACCACGCGGACAAACUGAGCCUGCACAGCGAGACCGACAGCGGCUACGGCUCCUACACCCCCAGCCUCAAAUCCCCCAACGGCGUGCGGGUCCUGCCGCUGGUACCGGCACCUCCGGGAGCGGCAGCGGCGGCGGCGGGGGGGGCUUCGCGGGGUUCCGCCAGCUCCUCCCUCACCUGCCCGCAGUGCCACCGAAGCGCAUCCCUCGACCAUCGCGGCCUCCGCGGCUUCCAGCGCAAUCGCCUCCUGGAGGCCAUCGUGCAGCGGUACCAGCAUGGCCGCGCCGCCGCCGCCGCCGCCAAGUGCCAGCUCUGCGACCGCAACCCCCCCGAACCGGCCACCGCUUUCUGCGAGCAAUGCGAAGUGCUCUACUGCUCCUCCUGCCAGCUCCGUUGUCACCCGGCCCGGGGACCUUUCGCUAAGCACCGCCUGGUUCCGCCGCCCGGACAGCCCGGAGCGCCCGGAGGAGGUGGAGGUGACGGCGGUGAUGGAGGAGGAGGAGGAGGUGGCGGUGGGAAAGGGGGGGGUGGAGGCCGCAAAGUGCCGACCUGCGCUGAGCACGAUCUGGAGAACUACAGCAUGUACUGCGUGAGCUGCCGCAGCCCCGUCUGCUACCAGUGCCUGGAGGAGGGCAGGCACGGCAAGCACGACGUGAAAGCCCUGGGUGCCAUGUGGAAGCAGCACAAGGCACAGCUGUCUCAGGCUUUAAAUGGUGUUUCAGAUAAAGCAAAGGAAGCUAAAGAAUUUCUGGUCCAGCUGAAAAAUUUAUUGCAGCAGAUCCAGGAGAAUGGGCUGGACUAUGAAGCCUGUCUGGUUGCUCAGUGUGAUGCCUUGGUUGAUGCCUUAACAAGACAGAAGGCAAAGCUGCUCACAAAGGUGACCAAAGAACGGGAGCACAAGCUGAAGGUUGUUUGGGACCAGAUAAAUCACUGCACCCUGAAGCUUCGCCAGUCAACGGGGCUUAUGGAAUACUGCCUGGAAGUCAUCAAAGAAAAUGAUCCUUCUGGCUUUUUACAGAUUUCGGAUGCUCUAAUCAAGCGUGUUCAGGUGUCUCAGGAGCAGUGGGUGAAAGGAGCCUUGGAGCCAAAAGUCUCUGCUGAGUUUGACCUGACUCUGGAUAGUGAACCUUUACUGCAGUCAAUACACCAGCUGGAUUUCAUUCAGAUGAAAUGUAGGGUGCCACCCGUCCCAUUGCUACAGCUGGAGAAGUGUUGUACCAGGAACAACAGUGUGACACUGGCCUGGAGGAUGCCACCUUUGAGCCACAACCCAGUGGAGGGUUAUAUCUUGGAGCUUGAUGAUGGAGAUGGUGGCCAAUUCCGAGAAGUAUAUGUUGGCAAGGAGACUCUCUGCACCAUCGAUGGCCUUCACUUCAACAGUACCUAUAAUGCAAGAGUCAAAGCUUUCAACUCCUCAGGGGUUGGUCCUUACAGCAAGACAGUCAUUUUACAGACAUCAGAUGUGGCAUGGUUCACCUUCGACCCUUCCUCAGCUCACAGGGACAUUGUUCUCUCCAAUGACAACCAGACAGCCACCUGCAACAGCUACGACGACCGUGUUGUCCUUGGCACUGCAGCUUUUUCCAAGGGUGUGCACUACUGGGAGCUCCACGUGGAUCGGUAUGACAACCACCCAGAUCCAGCUUUUGGGAUUGCCAGGAUUAACGUGGUCAAGGACAUGAUGCUGGGCAAAGAUGACAAAGCUUGGGCCAUGUACGUCGACAACAACCGCAGCUGGUUCAUGCACUGCAACUCUCACACCAACAGGACUGAAGGAGGAGUCUCUAAAGGUGCCACAGUUGGUGUUCUCCUGGAUCUCAACAAGCACAACCUGACUUUUUACAUCAAUGGGCAGCAGCAAGGGCCUCCAGCAUUUGAAAACGUGGAGGGUGUCUUCAUGCCAGCCUUGAGCCUCAAUCGAAACGUCCAGGUGACCCUGCACACAGGACUGGAGGUGCCUCAAGGUGUAAAACAGCCCAAGUUGCCCAACAAUUAA